AUGAGUUAAAAGUGGAAAUUAAUCCCAUAAUACAUAUAAGAAUUAUAAGAAUAGAAUGAUGAAAAUUCUAUGGCAACUCUAAGAAAACUUGGCAAAUUAUCAAAUUUAAAAGAGGUAACUCUAUAUAAUAUUUUAAUAUAUAGUGUGUUGAUAGAGAUGAGAGUGAGUUAAAGAAACAAUAUAUUUUAUUGAUGAGAGAGAGAAAUGAAUAUUUCAAGAAAUUAAAAGCCAUUUAAUUAAUAAAUGAACAAAAUCCUAACUCUUAGCUAGCCUAAUCUAUAUAAUUGUUAUUUGAUGCAAUUAAUAAGCAAUAAUGA